CGUUGCUCGGUGGCACGCGUUACCUUAUAUUUGUCAUCGUUUGGUCUCUAAACAAAUAUAGACAUCGUCGGUCGGUAGUAGGGCCGGUACCCCCUCACCCCAUAGCGUCACGGUCACACGAAGCUUAUCACGAACCGCGACAAGCGAUAACGAUUGUGGCCUACUGACGAUCACAGCUCACCGCCAGCCUGCCAGCCAGUCUGUCAGUCAGUCAGUCGUGAAAGAUGCGUUCGGUGAGUCUAGUGUUCCUGCUGGCGCUGCUGGUAGCCAGCGGGUGGGGGGCUUCCCAACCGCCAGCGGGUGGUGUAAAAAAAAUUUUGGGAAUUUUGCCCUCGUGUGGCCGAUCGCAUUACAUUAUUGGGGCUGGCCUAAUGGGCGCGCUUAUCGAUGCGGGCCAUAACGUGACAAUUGUGAGCCCGUACGCCAUGAAGGGAGCUCCCGCGGAUCGACACCGGGACAUUCUGCUACCGGAGCUGUCCGAAGCUCACGGUGUCGAGGGUCCCGACCUGUUCCAGUACAAAAGUGCCCCGAACCUAUUCGUGCUGUACCUGGUGUACUCCGAGAUCGGACCGGGAGUGUCAGAGAUUAUCCUGAACCAUCCGAAGAUGGUGGAAUUGAUGAGUUCCGGUGAGCGGUUCGAUGCCGUCAUCGUCGAAUCGUUCGCCAGUGAGGUGCUGUACGGGUUGGCGGAACACUUUGGCGGCGAGCUGAUGGUGUUUUCCCCGUUCGGUGCAUCCAUGUGGACGAACGAGCUCGUCGGUACACCAUACCCGUAUUCCUACAUCCCGCACACCUUCCUCAGCUACACGAACGAGAUGAGCUUCUGGCAGCGUUUCGUGAAUGCGCUCGUGGCCCACGCUGACAAGCUAUACUACCGGAUGGUGUAUCUGCCCCAACAGGAAGCGCUGUACCGGCGCCACUUCCCCAAUGCCAAACGGACCUUCACCGAGACGCUGCAGAGUGUGCGGUUGGCGUUCGUGAACCAACACUUCUCGCUGAGCUAUCCGCACCCGUACGCCCCGAACCACAUCGAGAUCGGGGGCAUACAGAUCGAGGAAGCGAAACCGCUGCCAAAUGAGCUCGAGGAGUAUAUUCAAUCGGCAAAGCAUGGCGUGAUCUACUUCUCGAUGGGUUCGAUGUUGAAGGGCCGCAAUUUCCCGGAAUCGAAGCGGGAUGCGUUUGUGAACGCGUUCCGGCAACUGCCGGAGCGUGUGAUCUGGAAGUACGAGAACGAGAGUCUGCCGAACCGGCCGGCGAACGUCCUGAUACGGUCGUGGAUGCCACAGAACGACAUACUGGCCCAUCCGAAGGUGAAGCUGUUCAUCACGCACGGUGGUCUGCUCGGUUCGACGGAGGCACUUCACCACGGGAAACCGAUGGUCGGCGUACCGAUCUACGGUGAUCAGGAGCUUAAUUUGGCCCGGGCCGAACGGGCCGGCUAUGGGCUGAAGCUGGACUACGAGUCACUGAGUGAGGAAACGAUCCUCGCUGCCAUCCGGAAGGUCCUCUCGGACGAAUCGUACACGCGAGCGGCCAAAACCAUCUCGACACGCUAUCGCGAUCAGCCACUCGGUCCCGCCAAAACGGCCGUCUACUGGGUGGAGUACGUGUUGCGGCAUCGUGGUGCACCGCAUCUACAGUCACCAUCGACGAAGCUCUCCUUCAUCGAGUACAAUCUGUUGGAUGUGUACGCCUUGAUGGCGCUGAUUGUCCUAUCGUCGCUAGUUGGGUUCGUUUUGGUCGUCAAGGCCAUUGUACGGCGGAUCUUCCCCGGGGCAGCCAAAUCAAAGGGCCGGGGAGCGAGCAAGCAGAAGAAGAGGAAUUGAAAACGGUCCACACACGUACUUGCGGUGCGGUGGUUUCGGUGUCUAAUCUGUGCGAUUUAGACGCGAGUUGGGACAAGAGUUUAGUAAUCGGCCGGUCAGUCCGUGAGUGGACGCUCGUCACUUCGUUGAUAAGAGAAACCGAUUAUACCUCGCACACCCUUUCCUUUUGCAGCUCGUUAAGUGAUAAAUGGGUUCGUUUGAUGGAUUGCAAAGGAUCGUUCGCGACCUUCGACCAUUAGCACGCGUUAGUGGGAUGUGAGGGACAACAUUUCGCACAUCAAGCACGGUCAGCGGCUGGCGGCUAGUGGUAUACGCGACGCGAAUGAUCAAAUAUUUAAACUUCGACUAGUACCGGCUGUUGUGCUAAUAGGAAGGCGGUGCAGCUAAAGAUAACUACAGGAGCUAGCUGGUCUAGGAUGGACAACGAGCCAAUAAAACCAAAUGAGAGUGUCGACGAUCGUGCAGCGUAAUUUGUUACCUCGAAAAGUAUAGCAACAUUUAGGUUACUUUCAAAAUUGUGCCAAAACUCUCUGCUAGAAAGUUACUACUUAGAAUAAUUAUCCCAAUAAAAUAUGUUUCGUUUUGUUGAACCAAAUAGCAGUGUGAU